AUGCCAAAAACCAUCUUCAUCACCGGCGCGACCGGCUUCAUCGGCCAAGUGGUGACCGCCAAAGCGAUCCAAUCGGGCUACACGGUGCGAGGCCUCUCGCGUUCCCCGACAGGCGAUGCCCUCCUCACCUCUCUGGGCGCGACGCCCGUCCGCGGGACGCUGCAAACCUUCGACGUCCUGGCCACCCAAGCCUCUGCCGCCGAUAUAGUCAUCCACCUGGCCUUCGACCACGACUUCAGCAAGCCGUUCGCCGAGCUGACAGCCACGGACAUGGCGGCUGUGGACGCCCUCGCUGCGCCGCUGGCGGGAACGGACAAGCCGCUCGUCGUCACGAGUGGGACCUCGUUCGUGAGACCGCACCCCGAGGGGAAGGAGACGGACGAGACUGCGCCUGUGUUGGACGGGCCGGCAGGGCUGCGGUUCGGGGCCGAGACGCAUGCGCUGGCGUGGGUGCAGAGGGGCGUGCAGGUCCAGGUCGUGCGCUUGCCGCAGUAUGUCUACGGCAGGGCGAAUCGGUCGGGGUUUGCGGCUAAGAUGCUGCAGAUGGCGGUUGAGGCGGGCGAGGCCGUGUAUCUCGAUGUGGAUGGUGGGGAGUAUUGCUUCUCCGAGGUGUAUGUGGAUGAUGCGGCGGAGUUGUAUUUGCUUGUUGUCGAGGGGGGGAGAGCUGGGGACGUCUGGAAUGGCGUGGCCAGGACGACCACCACGUAUAGGGAGUUUGUCGGGGCAGUGGGAGAGCGGGUGGGUGUGCCGGUGAAGGGAAUCAGCAGGGACGAGGCGCUGGAGAGAUGGGGGCCGUUUCUGGCCGGGUUUGUGGGCUUGGUGAAUAGGGCGAGUGGCGAGAAGGCGAGGAGCAGGUUGGGGUGGGUGGCUAAGGGGCCGAGUUUGUUGGAGGAGGUGAGUCGCGGGAGUUAUGGGGAGGUCGUGGAGGGGUUGAAGAAGGGGGUGUAG